CUGUGUUCAGUUGGAGGACACACACCAAUCUCAGCGAAGAGUCGGGAUUAAAACGAUGCCUGACAGCUGAGAAGCGUCCUGUGACGAGGCCCAUUUUCCUGAAUCCCAUUGACCCCCUUUACUGACAUGAUGGAGGUGGCAGGCCACUGGUCCGAAGUGUUUGGGGGCUCUGAGUCGUCCGAGGGAACAGAGAAUUUGCUGGGCAGCUCCACUCUGACCCUGGCUCCUCUGGUAGCUGAUUCUCCCACUAUUCGCCGCUCCCAGCCAAUCCUAAUCAACACAAACAGGAUCAAAGGUGUGGAGCCGCUGUCUUCCUCUGUUCCAGCUAUACCCAACCCCUUUCCAGAGCUGUGCAGCCCCUCAAAGUCGCCCGUGCUCAUUAGUUCACUUCCACCACCAUCAAGUGACAAACAUUUAAUUAAGGUGUAUGGAGAGGACAGCCACAGCAGGUCUGUGUGGGUUUCUCCAGAGGCCACAGCCAGAGAGGUGUGUCAAAUGUUGGUCCAGACGGCCCACUGCAGCGACCAGGAAAACUGGGCUCUUCUUGAAGUCCAUCCAGCUCUGGGACUGGAGAGGUGUCUGGAGGAUCAUGAAGUGGUGCUGGAGGUGCAGUCCUCCUGGUCCCUCAAAGGUGACACAAAGCUGGUUUUCUGCAAAAAUUACGCCAAAUAUGAGUUCUUCAGAAAACCAAUGCUGUUCUUCCCAGAGUCCAUGAUCUCUGACAGCGCAGACGUCAACAAGGGCUUGACAUCAUCUGAACUUAUUCAGAAUCUGCUAAAGUCUGGAACGUGUCCAGAGAUCCAAGGUUUCCUACAUGUCAAAGAACCCAGUCGUAAGGCUUGGAAAAAGGUCUACUUCUUUCUCCGGCGUUCCGGCCUCUACUGCUCCACCAAGGGCUCGUCCAAGGAGCCUCGCCAUCUGCAGUAUGUGGCCGAUGUGAAAGAUCUAAACGUUUACACGGUGGUGAACAGUCGUAAACUGUAUGGAGCACCUGCCGACUUCACCUUCUGUAUCAAGCCUUCCAGAAAUCCUGUGCGCACUCAAGACCUAAAGAUCCUAUGUGCUGAGAAUGAACAGACACGGACAUGUUGGACAUCAUCGUUCAGAUUGUUCAAGCAUGGCAAACAGCUCCAGUGUAACUACCAGUUAUCCAAGCUGGCCCCACGAAGCCUCGAAAGACCCACCAACUCCACAGAUGGCAAAUCAAAAUCAGAGGCGAGCCUGGUGGCCAUGGACUUCUCAGGGAAGGCUGGAGGACGGGUCAUCCAGAAUCCCACAGAGGCCCAGAGUGCAGAGAGGGAGGAGGGACAAGCCUGGAGGAGGAGAGAAGCCCUGAGGUGCAGUUUGCCCAACUUGAGCUCUGGCACAAGACCUUCCUCAAUUCACAAGACCCAGCAAUGGUUUCAUGGUGGUGUUUCCAGAAAGGACGCACAGAGACUGAUAGAGAAACAGGGGCUUGUAGAUGGGAUGUUCCUCAUCCGUGACAGUCAGCAGCAUGCACAGUGCUUCGUCCUUUCACUGUGUUACAAACUGAAGACUAAACAUUACCUGGUUAUCCCUUGUGAGGAGGGAGGCAGAAAGUACUACACCAUGGACGAUGGUUUGACACUCUUCGUAGACCUUCUGCAACUGGUGGAGUUUCACCAAAUCAACAAGGGCAUCCUUCCUGUCUGCCUCAAACACCCUUGCGUCUGUGUAGCAUUAUGAACACGUCCUCAGUAUGGUCCUUCCCUGGCCGGGAUCUGUCAUCAGGACUUCUACAGACUGAACCCUGUGCAUAGUCAUGCAAUUGCAUUGAGGUAUAUUUAUCAAUCUGACGCAGUAUGUGCUUUUAUGUAACAGAACUCACCAGUCACCAAAGUAUCCAUUCAGUAAAACAGUGGAGUCUGUGUUAUAAUGUUAUCUGUUCAUUUGGUUUAUUUAAUGGACCCACAGGGAGUGUGCCUCAAAGCAGACAUGAGCACAUUGUCUGAAAACCUCAGCCCACCUCUGUGUUGUGUUUUUAAUUAUUUUUGACUAACUGCACUGCUCCAGUCAGUGGUUGGUUUUAAUUUUUUAAUUACAUUGAAUUGCAGUCUCCUUGGAGACUGCUUAAUUAGCCAUGUUGGACAGACUUUUAGCACUUUAGGGAUCUUGAUACAAAAGCAUUGUUAAUAUGCACUUGGAUUCCUAUCCAUACGGCCAUGGACUGCAGUGAAAUCAAGGGGGAACUGUCAGCCAAGAACCAGAUAGUUGUGGCCACCAGAGGGCACUCUGCAGUCAUCACACGGGAGUGUGGAAGCUGGCAGUGGGAUGGCAUUGAGACUUCUACAGGGACACAUGUUUUUCAAUAGCAUCAUAUGUAAAGGACAUACACUUCACAUUGAUAUUAAAGUUAAUGUAUGAUGAAAAUACCCCAGGUUGCAUUCAUGUAGCAUGUAACGGUUUUACAGACUCGUAUGUUUGUAGCUAAUGUUUUUGUAACAGUCAAACCUUAAAUGUAAGUUAAUUCAACAUCUAAAUUGUAAGACCACAAGCACUCUUUCAUUGCUGUAUUUGCACAAUGAUGGUGAUGUUGAACAGUUUUUUUUGUCUUAAUCUUCAUUUUGAUGUCUAAGUAUUCAAAUAUAACAUCAGCAACUUUUAUGAGGGUACAUGAAAACUUGUUGUAGGGGGUAUAACAUGUUUUCUUACAGGCUACCUUGACUGUUUUGCACUUUUAAUGAAAUUCCAUACACUGUAUAUUAUCAUUAUUCAUGCUGUCCAAAAGGACUGUUAUCAGUUUCCUCCUGUUUUUUAUAUUGAAAUGGGUUUAUGUGCCUUGUAUUUUGUGCUUUGAUUGGAUUUACCUGUUUUAUACAUUGAAUAAAUGAUUUCAC